CACCCCGUCUUCGUUAUCAACUCCAGCCAUGGCCACCACUGCUUCUGCCACCCUCCUUUCUCUCUCUCUCCUCCUCACCCUCUCCACCGCCACUGUCGCACAUCCCGAUCUCGUUCUAACAGUAGUCAACAACUGUCCCUUCACAAUCUGGCCAGCCAUCCAACCCAACUCCGGCCUCCCCGUCCUCGAGAAAGGUGGUUUCGCCCUUGAAACAUUAAACCACCGCUCCUUCCCAGUCCCCGAACAACCUUGGUCCGGCCGUCUCUGGGGCCGCACCGGCUGCACACACUCCAACGGCCGCUUCAGCUGCAUCACCGGUGACUGCGCUGGGAAACUCGAAUGCGCAGGCCACGGUGGCGCAACUCCCGCCACCUUAGCCCAGUUCUCUCUCCACCACGGCCAAGCUGACUUCUCCUCCUACGGCGUCAGCCUCGUCGACGGUUUCAACCUCCCCAUGACGGUGACACCCCACGAAGGCAAGGGCAAGUGUCCGGUCGUCGGAUGUAAGCCUGACUUGCUAGCGACUUGUCCGGCGAGUUUGCAGUUCCGGUACCCGGCGGGUCAUGGGAAGGUGGUGGGUUGUAAGAGUGGGUGCGAGGCUAUGGGUACAGACGAGCUGUGUUGUAGAAACCAUUACAAUAGUCCACAGACGUGUAGAGCUUCAAGCUACUCUGAGUUCUUCAAGCAUGCUUGUCCGGCUACAUUUACGUACGCCCAUGACAGCCCUUCUCUCAUGCAUGAGUGCUCGUCGCCACAUGAGCUCAAGGUCAUUUUCUGUCACUAGUGGCCAAGAGUAGACAACCAUGAAAAUGCCUGAUGUGCUGGCUAGCUUCUCUUGUCGUGUAGGUUAAAGUUUACUAUGGAAAUGAAAACGUUGGUUUGCGCGGUUGUUUGGUGUUCUUACUAGGUGUGACGUGUAAGUGGUUUUGGAUUUAAAAUUUAAUGAAGUGUGUUGUUGUGCUGCUAGAUUUUAGUUUUUGUGUAAGUCCAAUGUUUUCUAAUGGGGCAAUAAUCUUUUAUUGAGUGACUUAAUGAUAUGGUUAGGACCUUAAUGAUCGUGUUAUAAUGUUAUAAAAUUUGUGUUGAG